GCUCCUGCGAGCUCGGGCGUAUCUUCUGCUCAAGUGAAUCCACUUUCCUGCAACCAUUCGCCUUGUGGUCUGUGUAGUCUCAAGUCCACAUAAACGCGUGGUUAUCCGAGUACAUUGCCACCACCACACAACUCGGAACGGUUGAUUGAACGAGUGGGUUUUGUUUUGUUUGAGUGCUUGGUCGUGCGGUAGCACGCAGUCUGCGUUUCAGUUUCAAGCCCAAAACCGCAAGUGUUAGUGUCUUCGUUUCCUCCCGGAUCGUCACGAGAGUUCGGAUUUCUUUUCCAAAAAUAACACUUAAUCGGAACUGCGCAUCAAGCCGAGGUAGCCAUGAAGCGGGAAGCUGACGGAGAGAUGGGAUCCCCGCAAAAACGUUCACGGCGAGGUGACGAGGAAGUUCGCUUACUUAUCCCAAGCAAGGUUGCCGGUUCCAUUAUCGGUAAGGGUGGCCAAAAUAUUACGAAGUUGAGGAGUCAGUACAAAGCCUCGAUAACUGUCCCUGAUUGCCCGGGCCCUGAACGGAUGUUGACGCUCUCGUCGGACCUCGACACCAUCUGCAACAUCGUCCAAGACGUUGUUCCCAACUUGGAAGAGAACGGAGGCAGAGUGAACGGAAAUGAAUUGGAUUUGCGUAUGAUGAUCCACCAGAGCCAGGCCGGAUGCGUGAUCGGAAAAGCCGGCUACAAAAUCAAAGAACUGCGCGAGAAGACCGGAGCCCGCAUCAAGAUUUUCUCCAACUUGGCACCGCAGAGCACCGAUCGGAUCAUCCAGAUCGUGGGCGAGCCGACGAAGUGCAUCGACAGCAUCCGCGAGAUCAUCACCCUCAUCAAGUCGAAUCCAAUUAAAGGAAUCGUAAAUCCGUACGAUCCGCACAAUUACGACGAUUAUUAUGCCGAAGAGUACGGCGGUUGGGGUAGUGCCGGAAACGAGCGACGUGGCGGCGGCGGCGGCGGCGGUGGCGGCGGUGCGAACGCCGGAAAUGGCGGACCACGUGGCAAUCGAAACGGAUUCCGCGACGGACCGCCGCCGGGACGCUUCAGCAGCAGAGGGCCGCCGGCGCAGAGGGGAGCGGCGCCAUCUAUGAACUUCAACGAUCGCUCCAGCGUCACAGUCCCCCAGCGAAGAGACUACAACGGCAACGGGCCCACCAAUGGCACCCCGCGCCCCGCUCCCUUCGAGUCCAACGUGUGGGGAACCCCAGCCAGUACCACCCCCGUCGGCAAUCACCCGCCCGCUAGCAUGAUGAGCAACGGCCUAAACCAGCCCCCGAUGCCGCCCCAGAACGGCGGCGCGGUCGGCGCCAAAACGACAACGCAAGUCACCAUACCCAAAGACCUGGCCGGAGCCAUCAUCGGUAAGGGCGGCGGCAGAAUCCGCAAGGUGCGCCAGGACUCCGGGGCCGGGAUAACCAUCGACGAACCCCUUCCAGGCUCCAACGACCGCAUCAUAACCAUCACCGGUACGCCGAACCAGAUACAGAUGGCGCAGUACUUGCUGCAGCAAAGUGUCCACAACAACUCCGACCGCAACAGCUAUUGAAGACACGUGCCCUGAGACCCAGCAGCCUACAUUAUUCUCAUUUAGAACAUUCCAAGAUUGAUUUGUGGGCAUUAAAAUUCAGUUUUAGACAUUUACAUCACGAAUAUUUCUUUUGUAUAUUUUUAUAGUUUUUGAGAGGAAUCAAAGUAUUUUUGUUACAUUUUGUAUAUUGUGAAUUAAACGCGUGAGCAUUAUACCGAUCACGCUUUUAAUAUUUUAUAUAUAUUUAUAAUAUAACGGUCGUUAUACAGCGUAACCCCAUUUGAUGUAUAGUACUAACCGAUGAUGCAUUUGCAUUUUUGUACAUCAGGGAACAAUCCAGUACAAAUUAGUUCUUUGUUCAGUUCAUUUAAAAUUGUUCCGUGAUCGAAUUGCAAAUAUACAACCAAAUAUUUUUGUAGGUUAAGUUUCUCAUAAUCAAUAAAUAAUUGUCUGAAAUGAAUAAAAUAUUAAAGUAAAA